AUAGCACCCAUUACCCGACUAAUGAGUUUUUAUACAGUUUUACGUCUUUCUCACCUCGUUAGCAUACGCUUUUCACUUGCGCGUUAUCAGUACCGGCCUGGUUGGACCACGUAAAUAUUUGUGCGGCGUCGGGUCCGAAUAAUAGAUGGGGUUUUGUGCGGAAACAAAAAUCACUAUGCAACUUCCAUGUUUUGAUCGAGCGUGUUAAAUAUUAUUAUCGCACGCCCAACCACUUUUUUUUCAUCGUCUCGUCCCAGAAAUUUUCAGGAAUUCUACAGUCCAUAAUAGAUAUUAUUGAUAAUGCUCUUGCUGUUAAUGCUACCAUUCUUUCAAUUAUUACAUGGUUUGGAUGUUUCUAAAUUUGUUCCAAAAGUAUCUGCUGAUAUUUCACCUUGCAAAAGUUGUAAAAUAUUAGUUCAAUCUUUUGAAAAGGGCCUCGAAAAAACUAAAAAUGGUCACUUUGGUGGUGGAAAUACGGCAUGGGAGGAGAAAAAUCUAUUGACUUAUUCCAAAAGUGAAGUAAGAUUUGUAGAAAUCCAUGAUUCAUUAUGCACUGAAAUAUCUCAAGACCAAGAUAUGUGUUUUCAUUUAUCAAGUGAAUAUGAACAUCAUUUAAAAGAAUGGUGGACAGAUGGCCGUCAAGAAGAUUUAUACCAGUGGUUUUGUGUUGACAAGUUAAAAGUGUGUUGCCCGCCAAAACAUUAUGGUCCUGAUUGUUUACCAUGUACCGGUUAUCCAGAUGUUUGUAAUUCUCAUGGAACUUGUAAGGGUGAUGGAACUCGAAAAGGCAAUGGGUCAUGCAAAUGUAAAAAUGGUUAUGAAGGUACCAACUGUGAUCAUUGUGCAAAUAAUUAUUUUAUGACACAGAAAAAUAAUACCUUUACUUGUGAAAAAUGUCAUAAAUCUUGUAAAGAUAGCUGUAAAAAUUCCGGACCAAAAGGUUGUAAUGAAUGUAAAGAUGGAUGGGUGUACAUGGGUGAAGGCGAAGGUUGUGUAGAUGUUGACGAGUGUUUGGAACAAGAUGUUUGUACUUCACAACAAUUUUGUGUUAAUAAUGAUGGCUCGUAUUCUUGUUUGAGUUGUGAUCCAUCGUGUACAGAUUGUUAUGGCGAUGGAAAUGAUAUGUGCUAUAAUUGUGCUGCAGGAUACAUCAUGAGAGACAAAAAAUGCAUAGUGGACACCAAAUGGAAGAGCUCUGAUCAAUCUCGUUAUCUAACAUAUGGUGGUUUAGGAAUAGCAACAAUAAUUAUUUUCAGAAUGAAUACAACUAUAGCAAGUAUUGUUGGAGCAUUUAUAGCAGUUUACAUUAUGGUGGCUGAGUAUAUAAUGAAUGAAUUAUAUAAGUAACGAAAUAGAUAUUAAUGUCUUAAGCAAUAUUUUCUUCCAUUAUCUGUAUUAAAAAUUAUAUAGUUAGUAGUUUUCA